UUUUGAGAACAUUCCACCAACCAACCCCCUCUAAAACCCCUUUCCCAACCCUUGUUACCCCCUCCAAUCCAUCCAUCUACCCAUCCACCCACCACGCUUCAGCCACCCACCCGGACCCCUCUCUCCCCCUCAGCCCUGCUCCCCUCUCCUGCUGGCUGGGCCUGAGGAUCCAUGGCUACAGGAGGCCAUGCACCUGAAAUAGAUGUUCUAGCCAACCUGCAGCCGGUGGAGGAAGAGGAGGAUGAUGAUCCCUCAGCCGAUCGAGAGAAAGAGGGAGAGGAGGAGGAGGAGGAGGAUGAGGAAGAGGAGAGGGAGGAGGACAGCUGGGAGAAGGUGCUCUCUGUUGAGCGCUUUGGUGACAUCAUCAGCACUUCUGGGUCGUCCUACGGAGAGAGGAUGGGCCGGCACUACAGCGAGAGAGACUUUGAGAACCACCGCCACACGUUCCACCACACGCACCACCCGCUGUCCACCCACCUGCCCCUCCCCCAGCGUCUGCGCAAGCGGCCCCACGGCGGAGAGCGCCGCCGCAAGAAGCGGCGGCGGAAGAAGAAGACGUCCAUGGCGCCCUCCGAGGUCACGCCCACCAUCCACGAGGUAGACGAGGAGGAGGCGGAGCUAGAGGGCGAGGAGGCGGAGUCUGAAGCCGACGGCCGCUCCUUGUCGGAGGCCACGCCUACCCACCUGCCCGCCGACCAACCACAGUUUAGCUCGGGGAACCAAGAGCAGCCUGGGCGCCUCCCACCUGUAAGCUCCUUCCACGUGGAGACUGAGACGGUAGCCGCGGCGUCGCAGGGGCCCAUGGGGCCCACUGGCCAGAAGGGGCGCCCUGCCCAGGGCGGGUGUCAGGCAGUGGGACGGACGGCCUCCGGACCCCUGGCGAUGGAGGAGGAGGAGGGGGAUACAAGUCGCAGCACCCUGCCGUCCCCCGACCACGUGUCCCUCCCGACGUCUCGGGGCUGGUUCCGGAGGCGCUCCCCCCAUCGCCGCCCCCCCGGGGCCCAGCGGAGCAGCUACGACCUCCGGGAGAGGGUGUACAUCGGCAGCCUCAUGCCCCUGGAGAUGGCCGUCUACCAGCAGGUGCCCACCGACGAGGCCGAGGCCCAGAUGCUGGCCAGCUCCGACCUGGACGACAUGAAGAGUCACAGAUUCGAGGACAACCCCGGCGUGAGAAGACACCUGGUGAAGAAGUCGUCGCGAUGCCAGCUGUCCCGGGCCAACAGCUCCGGGCCGCUGUCCAGCCUCAAGAAGAAGAAGAGGGCGGCGGACAAGAAGACCCACGAGGUGUUUGUGGAGCUGAACGAGCUGAUCGUGGAGAAGGACCACGAGAUGCGCUGGAAGGAGCGUGCCCGCUGGAUCAAGUUUGAGGAGGACGUGGAGGAGGAGACGGAGCGCUGGGGGAAGCCCCAUGUGGCCUCGCUCUCCUUCCGCAGCCUGCUGGAGCUCCGGCGCACCAUCACCCACGGAGCCAUCCUGCUGGACCUGGAGCAGAACACCCUGCCAGGCAUCGCCCACCUGGUGGUGGAGACCAUGGUGAUGUCGGACCAGAUCCGGGCUGAGGAUCGUUCGGGGGUCCUGAGGGCUCUGCUGCUCAAGCACAGUUCUCCUCAGCCAAAGUUCCCGUUUCCUCUCUCUGGACCCCUCUCUUUAAAGACACAAUGCCACCCGAGUGACAUGAAGCACCGCUUCCACCGCCUGCAGUCCACCAGCAGCCUCCACGGCAGCUUCAACCACCAAGCCAACCACCUGCACCCCACGCCCCCACCCGACACCAACCUGCCACCGCUGGCCGAGGACGGCGAGGAGCACCCAGACAAGGGGCCUGUGUACGACCCCAAGCAGGAGGUCUUCGUCAGCCUGUUUAAAUCGCUCCACCCGGUGCCCCCCGAGGGCCACCCUGCUGCGGCCCGCUCCAUGAAGCUCCUCGCUAAGAUCCCUAAAGAUGCAGAGGCCGUCAUCGUUCUCUGUGGUUGCGUGGAGUUUCUGGAGCAGCCAGCUAUGGCGUUCGUCAGGCUGAACGAGGCGGUGCUGCUGGAGUCGGUGCUGGAAGUCCCAGUCCCCGUACGGUUCCUCUUCGUCCUGCUGGGCCCAAGCCAGAAUAACAUGGACUACCAUGAGAUCGGGCGCUCCUUUUCCACACUCAUGUCUGACCAGAACUUCCACGAGGUGGCCUACUUUGCCGACGACCGGCAGGAUCUUCUGAACGGGAUUAACGAGUUCCUGGACUGCAGCAUUGUGCUCCCGCCGUCGGACGUGGCGGGGAAAGACCUCCUGAAGACGGUCGCCGGCUUCCAGAAGGAGAUGAUGCGCAAGAGAAAGGAGCGGGUGCUGAAGAAGCAGCAGUCCUUCUGCCUGGGACCAGAGCAGGUCCACAAAGAAGCAACUCAGGAGGACCAGGAGGAGGCGGACCAGGAGGUGGACCCCCUGAAGCGCUCGGGGGUCCCGUUCGGUGGGCUGAUCCACGACAUCCGGCGGCGCUACCCGCGCUAUGUCAGCGACCUCCGCGACGCGCUGGACAUCCAGUGUUUGGCCGCCGUCAUCUUCAUCUACUUCGCCGCGCUGUCACCCACCAUUACCUUCGGAGGGCUGCUCGGAGAGAAAACGGAGGGCAUGAUGGGAGUGUCGGAGCUCAUCGUUUCCACGGCAACCCUGGGCGUUGUCUUCUCCCUGCUGGGGGGUCAGCCACUGCUCAUCAUCGGCUUCUCUGGCCCCCUGUUGGUGUUUGAAGAAGCCUUUUAUAAGUUCUGCCAGGCCCAUGACUUUGAGUACCUGACGGGCCGGGUGUGGAUCGGCUUCUGGCUGGUGUUCAUCGUGCUGGUCAUGGUGGCGGCUGAAGGCAGCUUCCUGGUGCGCUACAUCUCGCCCUUCACCCAGGAGAUCUUCGCCUUCCUCAUCUCCCUCAUCUUCAUCUACGAGACCUUCUCCAAGCUCAUCAAGGUGUUCCAGGAGCACCCCUUGAUGGAGACCUAUCCUGCCUCCCACUCCCAUACGGGCCCUUGGAUCGGCAUCAAAGUGGGCCACCCUUCAGAGGGUCACGAGGACGAGGCCAUGGUCCUGAACCAGCCCAACACGGCCCUGCUGUCCCUGGUCCUCAUGAUGGGAACCUUCUUUGUCGCCUUCUUCCUGAGGAAGUUCCGCAACAGCCGCUUCCUGGGUGGGAAGGCCAGGAGGAUCAUCGGUGACUUUGGGAUCCCCAUCUCCAUUUUAUUAUCUGUUCUUUUGGAUUACUCCAUUUCCGACACAUACACACAGAAGCUCAACGUGCCAUCGGGGUUCUCUGUGACGUCCCCGGACAAGCGGGGCUGGUUCAUCAGUCCGUUCGGGGACAAGAAGCCCUUCCCCCCCUGGAUGAUGGCCGCCUCCAUCGUCCCCGCCCUGCUCGUCUUCAUCCUUAUUUUCAUGGAAACCCAGAUCACCUCGCUGAUAGUGAGCAAGAAGGAGCGGCGUCUUGUGAAGGGCUCUGGCUUCCACCUGGACCUGUUGCUCAUCGUGACGCUGGGCGCCUUCUGCCCCCUGCUGGGCCUGCCCUGGCUCACCGCCGCCACCGUCCGCUCGGUCACGCACGUCAACGCCCUCACGGUCAUGAGCAAGGCCACGGCGCCCGGGGCCAAGCCCGUCAUCCAGGAGGUCAAGGAGCAGAGGGUGACCGGGCUGGUGGUGGCUGUGCUCGUCGGUAUGUCCAUCGUGAUGACCGACGUGCUGCGGCUGAUCCCAUUGGCCGUGCUGUUUGGGAUCUUUCUAUACAUGGGCGUGACCUCGCUGACGGGCAUCCAGCUGUACGAGCGCAUCACCCUGAUGGUGACGCCCGCCAAGCACCAUCCCGACCACCUCUACGUUACCAAGGUGAAGACGUGGCGUAUGAACAUGUUCACGCUCAUCCAGCUGGCGUGCAUCGUGAGCCUGUGGGUGGUGAAGUCCACGGAGGCGUCGCUGGCCUUCCCCUUCAUCCUGAUCAUGACCGUCCCGCUGCGCCGCCUCGUCCUCUCCAGGAUCUUCCAGGAGCGAGAGCUGCAGGCGCUGGACUGCGACGAGGACACCCCAAACUUUGACGAAGACGGACGGGACGAGUACAACGAGAUCCACAUGCUGGUCUGAGAUAUGGACGCCCAGCCAGCCAGCAAGUCAGCUAGUCAGCCAGCCAGUCAGCCAGACAUCCUGCGGGACCAACCCUUGAAAAUCCCCUUCCAUGGACCCACUACAGAGUGAAACCAUCCAGAAUGCACCCCCUGUCCGGCCGUUCCCUCUACACCCAACUCCCUGUAGUACUUUACAUUUGAAAACAUUGUACCUAAGGUGGCGCUGGUGGUGGGGUUGUUGUUGGCCGUGGUGCCAUUGGUUGUGGUGGUGGUGUUGCCCUCUGUGAAGAUCUCCAAGUCUCCGGAGAAGCUUCAGACGUUUCUCCAGCUUGAAUGCGAGCGUGGACAGGGCAUAUGGUGUCACUUUAAAGUCAGUACCGUUCCUAUCCCCAUAACCCCUUCCUUCCUUCCCCCAUCUCCCUUUGAAUAUGAUGCAGGUUUCUGGGCUUAAAGUGCAAUGCAGACGACUUUGAGAUCGGAAGUCAAUUCAAUUGUUCAAACAAUUGGUGGAUCAUUGUAUCGUCUUUUUUAAAAUGUUGUUCAUGUUUUGUCUGAAUAUGUAAGCCAAGUGGAUGAAAGGCAAUAUAGCGUAGAUCGUGAUGGCUACUAAGAUGAAGAUCACCAUUAUUCAAGUCCGAUCUUUCAUCCACACAGGGAGUGAGUGGAGUUUACACUAAGUCCCACUGCCUAUGUUAAUUUAGUUACCAUGUCCCUUAAUGCUAGUUCAACUGCCUGUGUGCUUUGGUGCUGUACAAGCAAGUGAAGUGUCCCCUCCCACUCUCCGUACUAGACAAAUCUGAGUCCUGAGCACAUUAUGAUGGUGUCCACCAUGGCAGUCGAAACCCCUGUGUGAGGACUCCCGUCAUAAAUAUGUCCCCCAUUUUAAAAAGUUAAAAACACCAUGGUUAGGGAUGUUCCCAACACAAUAGUGCACCACAUCCCCCCUCAACCCCUUGAUUCUACUGUAGGUGUACAUCAAAAUGAGCUGAAAUAUAGCCUCAAACCUUAUUUUUCUACUUAUGUGUACUUUAGUUUGAUGUGGUUAUUUUGUAAAUGUAGGUAGUUUAGUGUACCAAUGACAAAUGUUGACGUUUAAUUUCUAGAGAAUCACUACGAAUACCUUGUGUAAAUGUGUAUAGGUGUGUGUGAGUGUGCGUGUGU